GGCGACUACUUACUUUCACCUCGCCUUGUAUCUUCGCCGCAAUGUCGUCGAGUAUCCAGCUCAUUAACCCAAAGGCGGAGAGCGUGCGUCGUGCAGCUGCUCUCCAGGUCAACACGACAGGAGCAAUGGGGCUCGCAAGUGUCGUCAAGGGCAAUCUCGGGCCACGAGGAACGCUCAAGAUGCUGGUCGAUGGUGCGGGGCAGAUCAAGAUGACGAAGGAUGGGAAGGUGCUGUUGUCCGAGAUGCAGAUCCAGAACCCUACCGCAGCCAUGAUUGCGCGGACAGCGGUAGCACAAGAUGACCAGGUCGGUGACGGUACGACAUCGGUCGUAUUGCUUGUUGGAGAGCUACUCAAACAAGCCGACCGCUAUACUUCGGAGGGUGUGCAUCCAACUGUGAUCGCUGAGGGAUUUGAUGUGGCGAAGAAAGAGGCCUUGGCGUUCCUUGAAACAUUCAAGCGAAGUGUAAACAUGGACCGUGCUACUUUGAUCAACGUCGCCUAUACUUCGCUGGCGACGAAGGUCAACCCAUCACUCGCAAAACAGCUUGCCGCUGAGGUUGUCGAUGCCGUCCUAUGCAUUCGUCCACCUCCCCCUUCUCCAGAUUCUACUAACAAGAUCCGCGAACCAAUUGACCUUCACAUGGUCGAGGUCAUGAAGAUGCAACACCGAACGGCUUCAGAAACACAGCUCAUCCGCGGCUUAGUUCUUGAUCAUGGUGCACGGCACCCCGACAUGCCAAAACGCGUCGAGAACGCCUACAUUCUGACUCUGAACGUUAGCUUGGAAUACGAGAAGACUGAGGUCAAUUCCGGAUUCUUCUACUCUUCUUCGGAACAGCGGGAGAAGCUCGUCGAGUCAGAGCGACGGUUCACCGACGCAAAGUGCAAGAAGAUCGUUGAGCUGAAGAACCUCGUCUGUGACCAGGCUGUCGGCGCAAACGAGAAGAAGAAGAACUUUGUCAUCAUCAAUCAAAAGGGCAUCGAUCCGCUCAGUCUCGACAUCCUCGCAAAGAAUGGCAUUCUUGCUCUUCGAAGGGCAAAGCGGCGUAACAUGGAGCGUUUGCAGCUCAUCUGUGGCGGCGUAGCGCAAAACUCUGUGGACGACCUGACGCCCGACAUCCUCGGUUGGGCAGGGCUUGUCUACGAGUAUACGCUCGGAGAAGAAAAAUACACGUUUGUCGAGGACGUCAAGGACCCGAAGAGUGUCACGCUGCUCAUCAAGGGUCCGAACCCGCACACGAUCCAGCGGACGCAGGACGCGCUGCGCGAUGGGCUUCGUGCAGUGAAGAAUGCGCUCGAGGACGACGCACUCGUCCCCGGUGCGGGCGCGUUCGAAGUCGCUUGUGCAGCGCAUUUGAUGGGCCCCGUGAAGAAGAACGCGAAGGGCCGCGUCAAAAUGGGCGUGCAGGCAUUUGCAGAGGCCUUGCUGAUCAUUCCGAAGACGCUCGCCGCGAAUGGAGGGUACGAUGUGCAGGAUGCCAUUGUUGCGUUGCAGGAGGAGCAGGCUGAAGGCAAUGUCGUCGGUCUCGAUCUGGAAACCGGGGAGCCGUUUGACCCCACAGUAGAGGGUAUCUGGGACAACUACCGAGUCAAGAGACAAAUGCUGCACUCCUGCUCCGUGAUCGCGGUCAACUUGCUGUCGACGGACGAGAUCCUUCGUGCAGGGCGCAGUUCGCUCAAGCCGGAGGGACAGCAGUAAAGCAGAACGUGUAUGAUUCAUCUCACUACGUAACCUUGAUCAUAACAUGGGUAUCAUCGUUUAUGUCGCUGUGGCUCAAGUCCGUUCAUCGCUCAGCAUUAUCGGUUUCGAAACGCAAGAAUAACAUACAGACUAUUAA